AUGUUCGCUUACCGACCAGGCAGCAUCCGCGCCACGAGAACGAGGCGAGACGGUCUUUGGGAACGAUACUGCACGCAACGAGCAAGCAUGCUCGCUUACAGAGCAAGCAGCGUCCGCGCUUGGCGCCCAUCAAAUCAAGCCGAAGACAAUACUAUGCGCUGGAGCACGGCCUGUGCUCUGGGGAAUUCUAUGCAUAUUACUGACCUAGAAAGUCAUGCUGCUAAGACUUGCUCUUCCUCCACCGUACACAUUGUGGCAAAUCAAACAGUUUCCGAUGAACUGCCCGAGAAUUGCCACUUUGUCACUUCCAUUCGUGGACUCUCAUUGAGUUUGGAUUUCAUCUAUAUACAAAGCCCCGACCGUACUCUUUCAGAUUUAGGCCAUCUUAAGACUUUGCUGCAACCCUCGGGAUGCAUCGAUCUGGCAUGGUUUGGACGAAAUUGUUUGUGUGGUGAGAGGCACAAGCUGCUGAUCGACUGUCCUGCAUGGAGAUACGAAAGGGAUAUCUAUUACAACUUGUUGCAAACAUUUGGGUUCUACGGCAUCGAAACUAUACAGGACCCUCCAGGCAGCGAACAGAUGCCAUGGAAGGUCACUAUACGGGCUAAAGCCAAGCGUCACGACACAACGGAGGGGACGGACGGUACUCAUGUUUAA